AUGGUCAACGCCGGAUUUCAACGAUUAGUGUACCGGAAUAAGAUGUUCGUGAUGUUGACUACAUGUCGUCAUAUAGUUGUUUCCGUUAAUUCUUCUUCGCCAAUUUUCAACACUUUGGGGUCCAAACUCGAGAAAGCUCUGGGCGACCAGUUCCCGGAAGGAGAACGAUACUUAGGAUUCGAAAAUUUCGGCAACACUUGUUACUGUAACAGUGUUUUGCAGGUCUGUUUUACAUUCUAUGUUUGUGCAAGAGUUUCCAGGAUUCGUGAACUAUUGCUUCAACAUUAUGCAAAUGAUCAAGCUGAUGCUCAGGAGAAUCUCUUGACCUGCUUGGCAGACUUGUUUUCGCAGAUAAGUUCCCAGAAGAAGAAAACUGGAGUUAUUGCUCCCAAGCGCUAGUUUGUACAGAGGUUGAAGAUGCAGAAUGAGCUUUUCCGGAGUUAUAUGCAUCAGGAUGCACAUGAGUUCCUGAAUUAUUUGCUUAAUGAACUUGUUGAGAUCUUAGAGAAAGAGACGCAAGCUACAAAAACGGACAAUGAAAAGAUUGCAAAUUGACUGAAAGCUCCCCAGGCAAAUGGUGUUCAUAAAUUAGAGCCAAUUGUUACUUGGGUGCACAAGAUUUUUCAGGCAAGGUGCUUUAUCAUAAAUGGCAUAUAUCAGUGCAUUUUUGGCUUUUCAUUUGACAAAUUUUGCUGUGAUAAAUGCUGCAGUUUACAAGAAGCGCAGAAGAGAAUGAAGAUCAAGAAACCGCCACACAUCUUAGUUAUACAUCUGAAACGGUUUAAAUAUAUCCAACAGUUGGGCCGCUACAAGAAGCUAUCGUACAGAGUCGUCUUCCCUCUGGAACUGAAACUCAGCAACACAGUGGAUGAAUAUGUGGACAUUGAGUACUCUCUCUUCGCAGUCGUGGUGCAUGUCGGAAGUGGACCCAACCAUGGUCCACAUAACCAUUGGCUCUUCUUUGAUGAUGAGACUGUUGAAAUGAUUGAAGAAUCUGCUGUCCAAACGUUCUUCGGUUCAUCGCAAGAGUACUCAAGCAAUACUGAUCAUGGCUACAUCUUGUUAUACGAGAGCCUUGGAACAAGAUAGAGAAAAGGGCUUUUAGUCAUUUGACAAGAACAUAACCUCUCUCCUCUCGUGUCUCUCUUCCAAGCUAUUUUGUGACUUGCAAAGAAAAAG